CUUAAAUGCCUUAAAGGUGAAACGCUUGGUUGAAGGUUUAAAAUCUUUGGACAUUAUGUAAGCACUUAGGUAGUGAUCAUGUUUUUGAAACCUAUAUUUUAUUGUGUCAGUAAACAAUUUACAGGAUUGUCAAAAGGUAAAAGGUUAUACUACUGACAACUGGUGCAAAAAUAUCCCAAAAUUGAAAAUACCUGUGUAGUACAUUGUAUAAGGAACAGUAUUGAUUAAACUGAAGACAUUUAUUAUACAUGCAGUGUUUUAAUCAAAAUAUGCAUAAGUGUGCAAAUGAUGUUACAUUGAUAAACGUCAAUAUUAUCGCAAUGGAUGAGAUAUUUUCUAUAGAACCAUAUUUAGUUUGUCUGUGAUGAUAUGGAAAUUACUCAGUGUUAAAAGUGAAUGGCAAAUCAUUCAUGUGUGGAGAAUUUUUCAAGGUAAAUGACUACCGACAUUUAUUUAUUUAAGUUGAAACUGUCUACAGUGUGUGUUUUUGUAAAGUACAGGUAUUUAAAGUGAAAUGUGGGAAUAAUUUUGGUGUUCAUUGACAAGAUUAAAGAUUGUAAACUCUGACACUUUUAAAUAGGAAAUUACUACCAUGGCAAGUACAUAUUCUUCAAUUGCCACUCAUAUGUGGCCUCCGCCUUCCUCGGAAACUGCAACAAGGCUUCAGAGGCUUCAGGAGUUAGAACAAAUGAGAAAACAGAGACAGUUAGCCUCUAGUUUAAUUAGUAAUGAACCUACUGAUGCAGGGACUCGAUUAAGUCGCAGACAACAAAUAAGUGGCUCUAUAGGAAUUCGUAAUAAACUCAUUGAUAAUCAUGAAGAAAGGCGAAAGUCUUUUCAAGGAAGACGAACAUUAGCAGAAGGUAGAGGAUCCAAUACUUUGAGUAUGUCUCAAGGAAGUUUAUCCAGUCGUUAUGGAGGUGCAAGACCAAAGAAUUUGGAAUUAAGUUCAUCAUUAAAUAAAACUGAUUCAUCUCAACAGUUAGAGGAUUAUGGUGGAAGAGAAAGGUCAUCAUCAUUAACAAACACAGAUGAAAGUCUAUCAUCUCCAUUGUUACGUUCACAGAGUGAGACUGAAAUCCUAUCAAAUCAAUCAGCUUCAUUUAACAAUGCAACAGAGGGUUAUGGUAAUAACACAAAUUUUAAUACACGUUUCUCAGAAUCAGCAGCAAAUACAUCAGUGUCAGAAGAUGAGGAUGAUAUAGAGAAUUUUAGACGCUCCUUAUUAGGUAUCCAAAGCUUGGCAAAUGUCCAAGAAAAAGAUGAACCAGUUUUGCAUCGAAGCUUACCAAUGUAUACUAGAAAAUCUGGCAAUAUAGAUUCUUCAAAAUUAUUUAUUCAUCGAUCUGAAGUUAAAGAUGAAAAUUUCUCUGCAAGAAAAUCUACUCCUGUAUCAAAUGCAGCAAGUCAUCAAAGGGUUCAAAACAUGGUCAGUGAAAGUAUGAAGAGAUUGGACAGUUUGUUUGAUACCACACCCUCAUCCGAUUAUAAGCGCAACACAAUUCCAAGAAGUGGAAGAUAUCAAUCAAGAUCUGGGUCUUUAAUGUCAAAAGGAACUGAAAUAAAGUCUUCACAAGGAAUAGAUAAAGAUGUGGUAUUGCUUGACCAAAAUAAUCAUUUGGAAGGAAUUGUUCAUCACAAUUCACUGGAAAAAUUUGUUGAAGAUGAUCGCCCCAAUGAAGUUUCCAUUGUUAAACAUAAUACAUGUGAUUCUGACCAUAGUAAUGUAAAUAUAAGUAAUGAACAUGAGCUUCAACCCAAGAAAAAUAGUGAGAUUAAACAUUUCAAUACUGAUGAAAUAAAUGAUAUAGUAUCAAAAACACCUGAAAGUAAUGAAUUGGGUGGCACAGAAGAUGUUGGAAGUAAAAUUUAUCGAUCCGAAUCAAAUAAUAUGGAAUCAUCUGUAACAUCGUCAGAAGUUUUGUAUUCAUCUGAUCAUAGUGAAAGGAAUUUAAAAUCAUCAACAAAAAUUACCACAAAUGAAGAAAUUCUUAAAAAUCAUAUAACAACAGACUCUGAUAGGCUCAAUAUUGUAACAGAAAGUCAUGUUGGUGCGAAAAUAAAUGGGAGUUUUUCAACAAAUACCCAGUCUGAAAAUACUGAAUCUUUACAUAAUUUUGGGCAUGAAGAUGACACUAACAGUGUUGAUCAUACACAUUCACCUUACACUAUGCAAAAAGAAGAAGAGGAUGAUUUAUUAGAUGCUAGUAAUGUUGGAUAUUUUGAAAUGGAAACAAAACAAUACAAUGAAAGUGAUAAUUCAUUUAAUCAUGAAACUGACAUAUCCUCAGACUUUCCUCAAUUUACAAAUACAGCUGAUUUUCUUAAUUAUGAUAAUGAUGAAAGAAAUACAUCUGAAUCAGAAAGAAAUUCAAGUUAUGGUCGAAUUCAGGCUAUGGACAAAAUUUUAUCAAGAACCUAUGGUAAUUCUGAUGAAAGUUAUCAUUCUCGGUAUAGAACAUUGCCUUACUCUAGAAAGGAACAAUCAAUUCCCCUAUAUAACAAAUAUGAAAGUGAAAAUUCUAAUGUUAGAAAAACAUCAUUAGGACCUACUGGAAUAUCACAAGAUGCAUUAAGCAGAAUAAAUGAUUUGUUUGGGAAAAAGACUGAAACUACAAUGUUUAGCAAUAGUCAGUCAACUGUUCCACGAAGAAGAGCUAGAGAUACUUUAACAGGUUCAAGGACAAGUAUUUCUCGUUCUCGAUCAGAUGCUGGAGAAAGUGGCUAUGAAGGUAGGCGAGCUACGUUGCUGAGCAGAAAUUCGGAUGGAAAAAAAGUUUAUGUCUCAGGAAGCAAUUAUUCCUCUGUCGAUUCAGAAGAAAAACAACAGCCUUUUAGACAAUCCGUCCUCUCCAAAUACAGCAGAACACAAGACCAAAAUGAAAGUAAAAUUGAAGGCAUUCAAAGUAGAUCUAGGAAUUAUUCAAGCAGUGGUAUUCAGACCUCUUUAGGUGAUUCUACAUUUCAAUAUACUAGAAGCAGGUCUGUAGACUUAGAUAAUAUGAAAAGUAAUAGUGAAUGUUUGAACACAGACACUAAAUACACAAAAGACUAUAUGAAAGAAUCUGACGACAGUGGAGUGUCAUUUGAAAUAUCAAAAAUAAUGGGUGAAAUUUCAUCAGAAUUUCUUACAAAUGAUGAAAAUGAUAUGCAGUAUUCAAAUGAGACAUUAACUCCAGACACCAUUAUUGAUGGAGAUUUAUCAAAUGUUCAAAGUGAAGGAGACAAUUGUGAUACUUUAGAGGAAGAGGUAACAUUUAGUAGUUCAUGUCAGGUUGAAGUUGGUCAAGUCUUGGUUUGUGACAAUACUCAAGAAAAGGAACAUGGUAAUGACAAUGUUAUGGAUAAAACCAUUACAGAUGGAAAUAUGGUUUUAUCUGGAGAUCAGGAAAACCAUACUGAUUCCGAUUUUGAUACUAAAUCGCCAAAUCAAAACCAAAAAGGAGAUGAAGAGACUAUUGAUGAAAACAUCUGUAAAGAUACAGAGAAAAAGUCCUCUGAUGAAACGGAUAAUAAAUCGAUGACAAAUAGCACUUCCUUAAACAAUUCAAAGAAGAAGAAAAACAAGAAGAAAGUGAAAAAGGGAAAUAAUUCAGAUACUACAAAACUUAUUGUUUCACAUCCAAGUGAACUAUUUAAAAAAACUAAAAAGGAUGUGAAGACAAAUCAAGAAAAAGUAAAAGAAUCUAAGCAAAUGGAAACAAAAGGCAAAGAAAAAAUUGACAAUAAAGACAAAAAACAAGUCACAAGCAAUAAAAAAGAAAACAAAACAGAUUUCAGCAAGUCAAGUGAAAAAGUUAAAAAGGCUAGUGUGAAAGAUGUUGGAAAUAAAGACAAAAAGAAAGAAGAAAAAAUACCAAGUGAAAAUAUUGAAAAAUCAGACUCAGUUGAUGAAAGUCCAAAAAGUCGCUCAAAACUAAAAAAUUUAUUUGACACCAUUUUUCAUCCAUUUGAUCACAAAAGUGAGGCAUCUCCAGUCAGCAGUGUAAUACUUGAUGAUAAUAAAUCUCAAAGCUCAGGGGAGAAAACUCCAGUAGCUGAUGAUUGGGAAAUAAUUUCUGACCCACUCUCAGAUCUUAAUGUUAUACAUGAAGACAACUAUGCAUCUUUUGAAAAUGAGGACAUAAUUACAGAAACUGAUUCUAAAAAAAGGAAAAUAUCUGAUGAAUUAAGUGGCAUGAGUACAGACAAUUAUGAAACUGCUUCUGAUAAUACAAUUAGUGGAGGCUCAGAAUAUGAAGAAUUCUAUGAGGCUUUACCAACUGAACUAUUUGGGGAGGCGUGGAAGGAAAAUGAAAUCCAAAAUGAAACUGAAAGAAAAGAACAAUUUGUUUAUGUUUGUGCUGCCUCUAAAGUUAGAAUGAAAAGGAAGAAAGCUCCUCCAGUUGAUAAACAAAGGGUGGAAAAUGUGAAUCAGUGGAUAGAAAACAAUUUGUACCCUAGUGAAAAGUAUCCACAACAAGGAGAAAAGGUGGCAAACAAGAAGUUUGUGGAUAGCAAUCAGUUUGGUCAAAAUGAUGAAUCAAUGAACACAAGAGAAAAUUUAGAAGCAAUGAAUGAAAGAGAAAAUUUAUCAAAGGGCAUGCCAAAUCAUUGUGUUGAUAUUUCUAGUCAACAAGUUAUGAAAACUCAGUCGAAAGACAUGACAUUUGAAAAGAAUGAAGAAGAGCAACUUUCUAACCUCAUAACCAUUGAAAAAACUGAUAAUAUAGAUGAAAAAACAAAACUUUUCAAGACAGAGACAUUUUGUGAAAAUAAUGCGAGAAGUUGUGAAAAAGAAGAAGUACAUGACGAUUCAAAGUUAUUAGAAAGUGUUCCGCUUGACCUUAAAGCUUCUGAUAGUGGUUUUACAGAUACUCUUGUUAAUGCUCUUAGAGAAAAACUUUGUCAAUCUUGUCAGGGAGUAUUAAUUGAUGUUUUAAAACAAACAUACUUUACCAGAUGUGAACAGAUUGCUGAAAUACAUUUACAAUCUCCUUUAACAACCCAACCAUCAUCAAAUGUAGAUACAACAUCAAUAGAUGAAAAAGAUCAUACAAAAAUAAGCAAGACAACUUCAGUAGUUGAAAAUAAUCAUUCGAAAACGUGCAAGACAAGCUCAGUGAAUGGAAAUGAUUAUUCUGAACUGAGCAAGACAACUUUAGUAGAUGGAAAAGAUCAUUCCAAAAUAAUUAAGAAAGAAACAACCAGUUUGAAGAAAAUUCAGAAACCUAAAAAGCUAGAAGUUACUGACUUACUCUAUGAAAAAACCAACAAGGAAAAUUUAAGUUCUUCAGAUUGCUUGUUAGCAACAGGACCAGGAAAUACAGUAUAUGAUAACACUGAAGUAAUUGAAAAUAAUGGCAUGCAAAAGUUGAAACGAUUAUCAUCGCCUAAAAAAUCUCCUCCUCCUGAAAAGGCAAUUAUUCUAGCUAAAAAUGACAAUUUCAAAGGUACUCCAGGCAAGACGAGUCCUAAUAACCAUACUGCUGAAAUAAAGACCAAGGGAAAAAUGGUUAGUUCGGAUAAAAGUAAAACGAAUGGCAAAGUGUUGCCAAAGUCUGAACCAAGGCUAUGUCAACAGAAUCCUAAACAUGUAAAAACUAAACAAGGAGUUGCUAAAGUUGACGAAGAAGGAAAAGAUCCAACCAGUGGAGAAGAUGAGGAGUACAAAUUACCUCAUUUGAAAGAUAAUCCUUUUAUCAAAAAGGACAAAUUAGGGAAAAGCAAUAGUGAACAUAACCAGAAAUCAGAAAAUUCUACAAAAAAGUUUAUGAUCAAAAGAAGUAUGAGUUUAAAUAUUGAUUCAUCAAAAGUAGAUUCUCAGUCUAGUUCAAAAAGUUUAUCACCUGUAAAAAGGACAAGCGAAUUAGCAGGUGCAUCUGAAUUUACUAAAACUGAAGAUAUCAUUAAUGGAAAGGAAAAAAAUGAAAUUGAAACAUUAGUGAAUGAGACAUAUAAGAAAAAGACUGAAACUGGAAAGGAAUCGGAAAGUAAAAAUAAUGACAGCCCAAUUAGAAAAGCUAGUUUUAGCAAAAAACAUUCGCCGAAAUCUCCGAAAAAACCAAGCAUGUUUGAUCAUUUAAAUUUUGCAAAAGAGGUUUGUGGGAAUAUUGGAGAACCAGAUAAUAUUGACAAAAAACUAUCGGAAACUGAAAACUCAUUGAAAACAAAAGAACCUCCUGAACUUAACAAAAUACCAUUAAGGUCUAAAACUCCUCCAAGAAAGAAGAAAUUUUCACCUUUCGGAGAUGUUAUAGAUGACCUCGAUCUUAGUCCUGAAGAAGCACAUGGUGUACCUAUAGAUGAUGAUGAGAUAGCUCCACACAGAAUUAACUUAAUCAACUGGGAUCCUACAAAGCUUCUGAAUGUAUUGUACACAGUGAAACUAGAGAAAGAUUCUACAGAAGAUAUAUCACACCAGUUUGUCAAUAUGGAAGGGUUGAUGGAAAAGUUGCCAAUGAACAAGAAAAAAGCCACACUUUUAAAAACAUGGAAAAGAAGAUUUUUCAGAGCUAAAGAUGGAUGGUUGCAUUAUUAUGAGGGCCUUUUAGAGGAUCAGACAAGCAAUAGAGACAAACCCAGUGAUAGUGUACAGCUGAUGGGAGGGAAGAUAGAAGAUCUUGGAAACAGAGUUUUAGGUGUAGAUGAUGGGAGAGGGCGUUUCCUGAUGGUACGAUGUCCUACAGAAAAAGAAUAUGGACAGUGGAAGUUAGCACUUGAAUCUCAGACUGUUAAUAAUGUCACUUAUGUUAGACCAGUUAUGUCUUCUCCACCACAUCCAGAGAAGAAAGUAAUAAUUAUAGACAUAGGAAGUGGGGGGAUACGUGCCGGUAUAAUGGGUGCUCAGCCUUGCUUGCCACAGAUGUUUUUCCCAAGUGUUGUAGCUCGACAUAAGACGACACAAGAACUAGUGAUUGGUAUUGAUACUUACAAACCAGAAAUUAGGAAAAAUUCUACUCUCAUAAAGUUGGUGGAACCUAGCAAUAAAGUGGAUAAGGAUCAUGUUAGACCAUUUGCAAUUGAUAUGGAAAUGAUGUCAGCUGUAUUUGAUUAUAUAUUCAAAGGCCUAAAAGCUGAUUCAGCUAAAUAUUGGAUAAUGUUAAGUACUCCAUACAAGCUUGGCGAUGCAGCCAUGAGUAGUUUAAUGAAGAUCCUGACAGACAGAUUCAACACUAAAGGUGUCUGUAUGGUGAUGCAGUCCUUACUUGCCUUAUAUUCUUAUAAUGCCACAUCAGGAAUCAUUGUUGAUAUUGGAGAAAGGAUGGAAAUACUGCCAAUAUUUGAUGGAGUGCUAAUUGAAGGAGGAGUGUCUCGGCAAUCAUAUGGUGGACAAAAAAUAGCAGAUUCUUUAAAUUCAUCUUUAGUUGAACAUAAGUACAAUUUUGUUACACCUGUUGAUAAAUUACUAGUCAGAUAUGUGAUGGAACAAUCUUGUUAUGCGUGUGAAAAUUACAAGGACAUGAAGAGCAAAUGUGACAAAGAUUCAGAUAGUUAUAAGGCAACAGUAUACCUCAAUAAUUUUGAUCUGCCUGAAGAUGCACAUAUGAGUGUUACACAUGAUAUUAGUUGUUUUAAAAGUGCUGAAGGUUUUUUCAAUACAGAUCUGUGGGGGAUGGAUUAUCCAUGUGUACAUAAACUGAUCUAUCAAGCCAUUCAGUCCUGUCCAAUGGACAAUAGAAAACAUAUGUAUAGAGCCAUAUAUUUAAGUGGAGGUGUCACCAUGUUACCAGGAUUUUCUGAGAGAUUACAAGCAGAGUUAAAGAAAUUAGCACCUCCAUCAGUUUUAGUUGAGGUACAUGCUUCACCACAAAGAUAUUACAGUGCUUUUAUUGGUGCAGGAACAUUGCUAUCAAACCUUGCUAUUAGUGAACAAAUAUUUAUAUCCUCAGAAGAAUGGAAGAAAGAUGGAGCAGCUACAUUCAGAAGAUGGAAAGCAUCGUAAAAAUUGGAUAAAUUAUGAUAUCAUACUCCACGUACAAUUUAAAUCCUGCUUUACUGCCAUUUAAAGAUAUUGCAAAAUAAAACUAUUGAUCUUGUGUUUACAGAAUUAAUCCAUGUUUUUAACGUGUAAAAUGAUGCAUUUACAUGUAAAUGAAUAUAUUCAAACAAUGCUGCCGUUCUUAUCGGAUGAUAAUUAUAAACAUUAGAAAUGUGUAUUUUUAUUGUCGAGCCUUCGACUUUUGUCGAAAAAGCGAGACAUAGCGAUCCUACAUUCCGUCGGCGUCGUCGUCGGCGGCGUCCACAAAUAAUAACUCUGUGGUUAAAGUUUUUGAAAUUUUAAUAACUUUCUUAAACUAUCCUGGAUUUCUACCAAACUUGGACAGAAGCUUGUUUAUGAUCAUAAGAUAAUAUUCAAAAGUAAAUUUUGUAAAAAAAAAAUUCCAAUUUUUCCGUAUUUUACUUAUAAAUGGACUUAGUUUUUCUGCCAAGAAACAUAACAUUCACUCUGUGGUUAAAGUUUUUGAAAUUUUAAUAACUUUCUUAAACUAUCCUGGAUUUCUACCAAACUUGGACAGAAG